AUGACCACCACCAUUAUCACUCUCACCUCACUAUCCCUUCUCCUCCUCUUUCAUCCUCUCCUCACCAAAUCCCAACCCGGUCGGACCAAUCCACCUUCCCCGGCAAGCCAGGGCCAGUGGCGGCUCCUCCAGUCAAAUUUGGGCAUCUCGCCAAUGCACAUGCAACUCCUCCACAACAACAAGGUGGUUAUGUUCGACCGGACCGAUUCGGGCCGGUCCAACCUCACAUUCUCGGACGGUCGGUGUCGGUUCGACCCGGACGACACCCAACUCCAGAUCGACUGCACCGCUCACUCCGUCCUCUACGAUGUCACCACCAACAAAAUUCGACCCCUCACGAUCCAAACCGACACCUGGUGCUCCUCCGGAGCGGUCCUCCCCAACGGCACUCUGCUGCAGACGGGCGGCUUCCACGACGGCGACCACGUCGUUCGUAUGUUCACCCCACGCUCUGGCCUACUGAGCUAUCUGGACGGCGACGAGGACGACAACGACUGGGUGGAGUACCCCGAUUAUUUGAAUCGAAGGCGAUGGUACGCCACGAACCAGAUUUUACCGGACGGCAGAGUGAUCAUCGUCGGUGGCCGGAGGCAGUACAAUUACGAAUUCUACCCUAGCGAUUCGAAGCUCUACUGGCUCGAUUUCUUGAGGGAAACGAGAGAUGGCCGCAACGAGAACAAUCUUUAUCCGUUCGUCCACCUCCUCCCCGACGGGAAUCUGUUCAUCUUCUCCAACACCAGGUCGAUUCUGUUUGACUACGACGGAAACAGAGUACUUACAGAGUUCCCAGAGAUUCCCGGAGGCGAUCCCCGGAACUACCCGAGCUCCGGAUCCUCCGUUCUCCUCCCGCUGGUGGAGAACGCGACGGCGCCGAGCUCAAUCGAGGUCGUCGAAGUCAUGGUCUGCGGCGGCGCUCCGCAAGGAGCGGUUCGAUCGGCCCGGGCGGGGGAAUUCGCGAGAGCAAUUUCAUCUUGCGGCAGGCUCAGAGUGUCCGAUCGGAACCCUAAUUGGGAGAUGGAGACCAUGCCAUUGGAGCGGGUGAUGGGAGACAUGCUGCUCCUCCCGACCGGCGACGUGAUCGUAAUCAACGGCGCUGGCAGAGGAACCGCCGGUUGGGAGAACGGCCGCGAGCCGGUGACCGCCCCUGUGAUUUACCGCCCCUCUGCCCCCCAGAUCUGGCGAUUCUCCGUCAUGGCGGCGUCUCCGACCGCGCGGAUGUACCAUUCGUCGGCGAUUCUUCUCGGAGACGGCCGAAUCCUCGUCGGAGGGAGCAAUCCUCACGUUUUCUACAACUUCACCGGCGUCCUGUACCCGACGGAGCUGAAAUUGGACGCGUUCUCGCCGCCGUACCUUUCGCCGGCGUACGAUCCCAUGCGGCCAAGGAUCGUUGGCGUGAGGGCGGCGGCGGUGAGGGGAUACGGGGAGGAGAUCCGGGUGAGUUUCUGCGUGACUCGGUACUUGACUCGGAGCGCGGUGUCGGUCAGGAUCGUGGCGCCGUCCUUCACGACUCAUUCCUUCGCCAUGAAUCAGAGGAUGGUCGUGUUGAGGAUUGUCGACGUGAAACAGAAGGCGUCGGAUAUGUAUACCGUGACGGUUGUUGGGCCGUCGACGGCGGAGAUCGCGCCGCCGGGGUAUUAUAUGAUGUUCGUGGUGCACGCUGGGAUUCCUAGUUCCUGUAUUUGGAUAAAGUUACAGUCGCGGUAG